GCCCCCUUCACACCCGGAGCCUGGCCCCAGUGAAGUGUUAGUCAAAAGUCAUAGCCUAACAUGUCAGCAUCGAAAAGUUCCCCCCUUGCUCCCCAUGGUCCGCUAUCUGCCUUUAUUGCGGCAGGACUCGGGGAGAUGCUUUGAAUAUUCGAUGAGGACGGCGGGGAGUCGCCGAGGACGUCGACCAAUCAGCAGCCUCGGCUCAUUAAUAUUCAUCACGUGUGCUUUUGCGGCAAAUGGUUGGUUCGCCUUCACCUGGAAAUUAACACAGCACCCCCUGAGACGUUUAAGACGUUGGUUUGUUUUUUCAUCGCAGGCGGCGUGACAGUGACACAUCCGUGGAUGGGCGGGCCUCUUCAAGGUGGAAACUGUCUCAAGUGCCCCCACCCACUCCAGCCGCAGCAGGCUGAAACGUUGACAAGCACAAAUACCAGCAACUGCACCAGGAAGAGAGAGCGAACAGGCCAAAAACAUGAGCUACCCCGGGUACCCUCCUCAGGCCGGCGGUUACCCCCCGCAACCUGGUUCUUACCCACCCCAAGCAGGGGGCUACCCACCUCAACCUGGUGCCUACCCCCCUCAGGCAGGAGCAGGAUACCCCCCUCAGGCAGGGGGUUAUCCACCCCAGGCAGGGGGCUACCCACCCCAGGCAGGGGGCUACCCACCCCAGGCAGGGGGCUACCCACCCCAGGCUGGGGGCUACCCACCUCAGGCUGGAGGCUACCCACCUCAGGCUGGAGGCUACCCACCCCAGGCUGGAGGCUACCCACCGGCACCGCCAACAGGCGGCUGGGGAGGUGGGCCUACUGGCGGAUAUCCCUCCAUAGGUAUGGACAACCUCACCAACCCGGGAUACAACGCUGGCAUGGCCAACCAGAUGUGCCACGGCUUAGGGUGUUUUUCUCCAAACCCGUCCGUGUACCCCUACAUCCCAGGGGGGUACCCACCUGCCUACCAUCCAGGCGGGUACGGUGCCCCAUACCCUAACCAACAGUCAUAUGGCCUGUACCCACAGCCAGGAGGAACCAUGCCCCCGCCCCAAGGUCCAGGGAUGGGCUACCCAGGCCAGCCUAUGCCCGGUUACCCCCGUGCACCAUCUCCCAACCCCACAAUGCCCGGCUACGGGGGAGCACCAGCACCUAUGCCAGGGUACCCCAAGGUUCCCUCGCCAAAUCCGUCCAUGCCAGCCUAUGGAGGCGGAUCCAUGCCGAUUGCCGCGCCCAUCAGUAAAGGAUUCAGGGGGACAAUCAAGGACUUUCCUGGAGCGGAUCCUCUGAAAGAUGUGGAGGUCCUGAGGAAGGCCAUGAAGGGCUUUGGUACUGAUGAGCAGGCCAUCAUCGAUCUGCUGGGGAGUCGCUCCAACAAGCAGCGCGUACCUUUGCUCCGUGCCUACAAAACCUCCUACGGGAAGGAUCUGAUUAAGGAUCUACAUUCAGAGCUGUCUGGCGACUUCAGGAAGCUGGUCAUGGCCACGUUGAAGAGCCCCGCUGAGUUUGACGCCUCUGAGAUCCAUUGUGCCAUCAAGGGUGCUGGAACCGAUGAAGCAUGUCUGAUAGAGAUCCUGUCGUCUCGCUCCAACGCCGAAAUCAAGGAAAUAAGCCGUAUUUACAAAACAGAAUACAAGAAGUCUAUGGAAGAUGCCAUCAGCAGCGACACGUCAGGACACUUCCGUAGACUCCUCAUCUCUCUAGCUCAGGGCAACCGUGACGAAAGACAAAAUGUCGACCUUUCGCUGGCUAAACAAGAUGCUCAGGCUCUCUACGCUGCUGGGGAGAACAAGCUGGGAACGGACGAGUCCAAAUUUAAUGCCAUCUUAUGCGCCAGGAGCAAACCUCAUCUCAGGACGGUUUUUCUUGAGUACCAGAAGAUGUGUGGCAGGGAUAUUGAGAAGAGCAUCGGCAGGGAGAUGUCAGGAGACCUGGAGAACGGCAUGUUGGCCGUGGUGAAGUGUAUCAAGAACACGCCUGCCUAUUUUGCUGAGAGACUUUACAAAGCCAUGAAGGGAGCUGGUACCAAAGACACCACUCUCAUCCGAAUCAUGGUGUCCCGCUCGGAGGUGGACAUGCUGGACAUCCGCCAGGAGUAUGUGAGAAACUACGGCAAGUCGCUGUACACGCACAUCUCUGGCGACACCUCAGGAGACUACAAGAAGCUCCUACUGAAGCUGUGCGGUGGGAGUGACUGAAACAAUCACAUGACACGUGGCUUCCAUAGCAAUUGGCUUUACAUUGCAUAUGCACUAUAUAUAUAUAUAUAUAUAUAUACAUUUAUAUAUAUACACAUAUAUGUAUAUGCACCAGCUGCAUGCCAGCCAUGCAGAGUUUACCACCUUGUAACUUCAUAGCGCCACAUGCUGUUUGCUGCAAUGCACACCAAGCUUUUCUAUUUUUUACAAGCCUUACAUGAAUAUUACUGAGUACACUUUAAAUACAUAUAUAUAUACAUAUAUAAAGAGAGUUCAAUUACAUUUGAGAAAAAGCUUUAUAUUUUUUAAAAUAUGACAGCAGCUGUACCUGUAUGAUCAGAUAUUGCAUAUCUGCCGCAUCUAGAAAUAGUUUCAUGAUGAUAAUAAUAAUGUUCAAAUGUCUAGUGCCACUACACACCACGCCAUGUGAUCUACUUUAAAUGUCCAUGUUAGCAUCGUCGUGCCAGGUCCACUGAAAUGUAUUCAAUUUAGCAAAAAUCCUUAUCUCGUCAUAUUCCAAUGUUCUGUUUGGGAAUUGGAUAACUUCGCCAGUCUUGGAAAAUAAAUCUCUGAGACCUGAA